AUGCAGACAAAACGUAUUAUGUAUUUAUGCAUAGAAAGCUAUGUUACAUCAAAUAUCUUUUAUAUUUUUUUCAUAUAUAUUUCUUUAUUGUUUGCAGGUGCAACAGGUUUGAAAAAUCUGACGAUAAGCGUACCGGCCAUGGUGAGAUCAGGGGAUACCGUAACGCUAUCAUGUCACUACGACUUGGAGGGCGCAAAUUUGUAUACUAUACAAUGGUUCUUCAACGCUAUAGAAUUUUACAGCUACAUACCUGAUCGCGUUCCACCGCUCAAAACGUUUGACGUCGGUAUACAAGUUAACGAUUCCGAAUCGAACACAAACGAUGUGACAUUGAUGAACUUGACCAGGCAACUUACCGGGAUCUACAAGUGCGAGGUGUCCGCUGGCAGUCCUUCCUACCACACUAUGAUAGAAAGGGGCAGAAUGGAAGUAGUCG